CAUCUAUCUCUGUGGCUUCGAAACCGGGUCGCGCAUCAUCAAUUCAUCGCAGUCGAGCUUGUCUGAUUGGCAUUUUUGACAUUGGAAGAGGACACCGUCUUUUUUGUUCUUCUCACUUCACUAAGUCGCCUUCUGUCGCGUGUGUCUGAUAGCUGCGAAGCUGCCAAGCAAGCUCUUCACCAUGGCGGAUCCCGUUGCCGAGACGCGACCAGCUGACGAGGCUGCGCCUGUCGCAGAGGCAAUUGCCGAAGAGACGAGCAAGACUGACGUUGCUGGACAAGUUGAGGCCGAGGCAGAGGCAAACGACGAUGCGGCGGCACCCGCAGAGGCAGAGCUAGAGUCCGAGGUGGACGAUGACAUCAAGUCGAAAAAGGUCACCCUCGCCGACCUGAGUGCCAAGGGCACCGCGCUCUACGCCCACAAGAAAUACGAGGGCGCCGCCGACAUCUUUUCGAGAGCGAGCAUCCUCCAGGCCGAAAUCAAUGGCGAGACCGCACCGGAGAACGCCGAGAUCCUGUUCCACUACGGCCGCAGCUUGUUCAAGGUCGGCCAGAGCAAGAGCGACGUCCUCGGCGGCUCUGCGCCCGUCGAGAAGAAAAAGGCAAACGGCGGUGCUUCCUCCAAGAAGGCUGCCAAACCGGACGAGGAAAAGGCUGCCAAUACUGCGGGCCAGCCAGCAGAGGGGAAAGAGAACAAGGGCGAUGACAAGAGCGAUGUUCCAGAGGGCAAGAAGCUCUUCUUCCAGUUCACGGGCGACGAGAACUUUGACGACGAGUCUGACGAAGACGAGGGCCAGGAAGAGGGAGACCAAGACGAGGAAGAAGACGACGACCUUGCCACUGCCUUUGAGAUUCUCGAUCUCGCCCGCGUCUGCUACCACAAGCAGCUGGAGAAGCUGAGAGAAGAAGAAGAGGCAGAGGGCAAGGGCAAGGAAGCCGCCAAGGAAGACUCUUCAGCCGUCAGACACAUCAAAGAGCGCCUGGCAGAGACCCACGACUGCCUCGCCGAGAUUUCGCUUGAGAACGAGCGAUACCCCAACGCCAUUGAGGAUGGGCGCACGUCUCUCAACUACAAGAUCGAUCUGUACCCCGAAGAGUCUGAAAUCAUCGCCGAGGCGCAUUACAAGCUCUCUCUUGCGCUAGAGUUUGCCUCCCUUACCGUUGCUGAUGAUGAGGGCAAGAACACCAAGCGCGAGGAGAUUGACCAGACCCUGCGCGACGAAGCUGUUGUCGAGAUGGAGGCUGCCAUCAAGAGCUUCAAGCUCAAGAUGCAGACUAUCGAAGUCGAAAUUGCUAGCUCAGCAUCUCCAGAAGACAACGAGCUAUCGCGCAAGGCCGUUGAGGAGAUGAAGGAGGUCAUUGCUGACUUGGAGCAAAGACUUGUCGACCUUAAAAAAGAUCCUCUCAGCGCCAGCGACCUACUGAGCGAAGGAGUCAACCCUCUAGGCGGCCUUCUCGGCGCUGCUCUCGGCGGAUCUGCUGCUGAAGUGCAAGCCCGCGUUGAAGAGGCCACCAAGAACGCCGUGGACCUUUCAAGCCUUGUGCGAAAAAAGAAGCCCAAGGAUGACGAGGCUACCACUCCUACGAAUGGUAGUAAGCGCAAGGCCGACGAGGAAUCUACCGAGCUUGAAUCGAAAAAGGCCAAGGUGGUGGAAGAGCAGCCUGCUGAGGCCAAGGAAUAAGCCCUUCUACUCACUACCGAUUUUUUUUUCUUAUGCCGCUGGUAAGAACUCUGGAAGAGAAUGCUAUGUUUAGUUUUACUCUAUAAUUGACCGUAUUCACCAGUCCUUUUUCGUUGGGAUGAGGGAUUCUUGGGGGUCUAGGAGUGGACGAGGGAUAACGAGGACUGAAUGGAGAGAGAGAGAAGAUUCGAAUAAUGAUCCAGAAAACCACUUUGCAGUUGUUUUGGCCAUUGGAGCUUAUGAGUUGGCGCACACACAACGGGUAAUGAAUUGACACGGUCAGGUUCAACAAUGCUUGCACCUUUUUUAAUUUUGCUUUUUGGUUGUAUAAUGAGAUUAGUCCACCUAUGCCGGCUUGGAAUAUGACGGGAAGCGAAGGAAAGC